AUGGCAGGGCCAACUUCACCGGGCGCUGAAGGCCCCACGUAUGCCCCGCCUCAUCUUCCUGCUGGCUGGAUUGCCCAGUGGGAUGGUGCGAGCAAGAAGUACUACUUCGUGCAGCUUUCCACGGGCGUCUCGCAAUGGGAGACCCCGACGGAUGCCGCGCCCACCGGCGCGACACCUGCUCAACCUUCUGAUCACCCCUAUGGUGUUCCUCAACCCGAGGUCAUCACCCAUCCUGACGGCAGCCAGACGGUGAAGCAUGCCGAUGGCACCCUCGAACCCGUCAACCCCUCCAUGCCUCCCGACACCACCAGUACGAGGGGCAUCGACGGCCAGACAGGCGAUCGCGGACUCGGCAGCAUGGCCAUGAAUGCGCUUCUUGGCAGCGGCAAGAACUCGAAUCACGGCUCCUCUUCCGGCAACCAAAGCAGCUCAAGCCCCUUCGGUGGCAUUGCCAGUCAAUUGAUGAACGGUAUCGGUGGGCACGGUAACAGUCACGGGAGUAGCAGCGGGGGCGGCAAGAGUUCACUGGGCAAGAUUGGCAGCUCUCUAGCUUCAAGCCUGCUCUCGAGCGGAAAGCAGUCUCAGCAGGGCCAGUCGCAAAAUUACCAUGGCGGCCAGUCCUCGGGUCAUCAACAACAAGGUGGUCUGGCUGGAUCUCUAAUGGGUGGCGUUGCCACCAUGUUUGGCGGAAACAAGCAGAGCCACGGUGGCAACAAUGAUUUCGGGUACUCCAAUAAUGCCUCUGGUGGCGGCGGAGGUGGAGGCUACACCGGCCAGGCUCCUCCUACUUCUUACCAGCCACCUGGUUCGUCUUCGCAUAACCAGCACUCAUCUACUCCAGCGGGGGGUUCAUACCACUCUCCUGCGCCGAACCAGGGCCAGAACCAUUCGCAGCAGUCGUAUGCUCCACCUCCUAACCAGUACCCCCCUCCGCCAAACCAAGGACAACCUCAUCACAACAACUCCUACGGCGCGCCGUCUCAACAGUCCCAUGCUCAGUCCUACCCACCUCCACCCUCUAGUGGUGCCCCUUCGUAUGGUCAGCAGCCCAGCUAUGGCGCCCAGCCAAGCCAGCAGCACAACCAGCAGCACAACCAGCAGCACCAACAGCAGCACCAACAGCAACAACAAUACGGAGGAUAUAACCCCGCGACCUAUAGCAAUGGUCCUCAAGGCCCUCAGACUGGAGGGGGCUAUCCCAGCCAACCUUCCUACGGCGGCCAGCCUUCUCAACAACCCAGCUAUGGCAACCACUACUAG